AUGAAAGAGGCUGUAAAUAAAGUUCAGAACAAAGAGUUGACCUUACGUAAGGCUGCUGAGAUUUUUGCAGUACCGUUCACGAGCUUACAGAGAAGAGUUACUUCGUCCAGGGGUAUUAUUAAGCGUCGAGGUGGACAGCCAGCUUUAGAUGAGAACGCAGAAAAGAAGUUAGCUGACCGGCUGUUGCACUUGGCAAGUCGUGGCUUCGGAAUUACACCCAAAGCGGUACGUAUGCCACCUGGUACUGAAGUUGCCAUGACAGAAAAAGGCUGGGUCACCGAAGAAGCUUUUAAGUUGUGGCUGCAACAUUUCAAUCGCUACCGGACCCCAGGAAAAGUAGUUCUAAUUUUAGAUGGGCACGCGUCUCACACCAGCUACUCAGUGGUAGACUUGUGUGACUCUUUCGAAAUUGAACUUGUACUUCUUCCUCCACACACAUCACAUGCCCUGCAACCACUUGAUGUAUCGUUUUUCAAACCGCUCAAAACCUAUUAUCACCAAAAAGCUACAUCAUGGCAACAUUCACAUCCGAAUCAAGGAAUCACAAAAGUCGCUUUCGGAGCACUUUACCAACAGGCUUGGAAUCAGGCUGCCACUGUUGGGAAUGCUACAAAAGGCUUCGAAAAGACUGGAAUAUUUCCACUAAACGCCAAUGCAAUACCUGACCACAAGUUCAUCGGUGAUCAAGAAUCGGAUAUUGUAGAGUCCCAAGUCCAGUCCUCAAGUUCCCAACAAAUGCAGCUACAAGUGCAAGCCACAAAUACACAACCAGUAGCUGAUACAGGGUCAUCUGCAAGUUCACGACAGUCUGACAAAGCCCAUUCUUCCACCUGUGCAGAUGAAGAAAGAAAGAAGAUGAAGAAUAAAGCAACGCCUGGGAUUAAAAUUAAGAGUUCAUCAGCAAAACAGAGAGAGUGUCGAGUGCCCCAAGUCCAAUCCUCAAGUGAAGAACAAGUGCAGUCAAAAAUAAAGGUCAAAGUUCAAGCUACAAAUACAAAACCACUCGAUAAUAUAGUGCUAUCCACAAGUUCGCAACAUUCUGACAAAGCCCAGCCUUCCACCUGUGCAGAAAUAAUUAAAGAAAUUCUUCCAUCACCUUUAAAGUCACCAAUUGCGUCUAAAAGAAUUCGUAAAGUUUCAAAACUGGUCUUGCAUUUAACAUCACCUCAGAGUAAGACUACUCUUCUCGAAAAAGAAACAAAGAAGAAAUUUAAGGUAGACAAUAAAACCAAGGAAAACAAGAAAAAGGCUGUGGGCAAAGAAAAAACUAUGAAAAAGAUGAAAAAUAAAGCAAAGCCUGCGAUAAAUAUUAAAAGUUCAUCUGCAAAACAGAGAGUGGCACUGCAUUUACUGUUCCGAAAUAUUCGUUCAUCCACCAUCAGAGGAUUGGAUUCAGUGCAAUGCCUGCGAAGAAUGGUGCCACGAAAAAUGUGCUAA